AUGCGUACUGCAAAGCACAAUCAGACAAAGGUGAUAUGUGAUGUAUACGAAGGUGAGAGCCCCAUCGCCUUAGAGAACAACCUGCUAGGUACAUUUACUCUGUACGAUAUCCCUCCAGCACCGAAAGAGAUUGAUCAAAUGGUAGAGGAGGCCAACAAGUACAAGGCAGAGGACGAGGAGCACAAAAAAGCUGUUGCAGCCAAGCUUGCAUUGAAGAAUUAUGCUGAAAGUAAGUGGGACAUGGUGGAUGUUUGCUGGAACAAGUUUCGAGAGGAGGAUGCUAACAAGAUGAAGGAUGCAAUUGAGAUGACAAUCCAGUGGCUCGACUGGAAUUUCAAUCUCGCUCGAGUUUCUGAAUAUAACGAAAAGUUGAAUGAGCUCAAGACAAUUCUCGACCCUAUAAUUGGAGACAUUCCUUAA